AAAAAGGUAGGAGAUAUCCCUCAAAGAGAAGGGAGGGGCACUCGGUGAGUUGGGGUGAGGGCAAGGUGUUCCCAUAAACGUGGUGACGCCUGUCACCUACUUCAUCUCUCCUUCCCUCCCCUUCUUCACUGCGAACUCCAUAUAUAAGGCCCAUCGCCCCCCUCAUGUCUAGUAUCGAUUCCUCCUCACUUCCCCACGUCCUGCCAUAUUCUUGAACUCUUAGGCUUCUGCCACCUCUCUAUCUGUGUCUCUUUGCUUUUCUCUGUCGUUGUUCAUUUUUCUUCUUUUUUUCUUCAUAUAACCACGCUGUUCUUCAUCUUCUUAUUACUUUUGUCAACACCAACUUUCCAAUCUUAGGAAGUUGGCUUUCUGACGAUGACGGUGAUGUUGAUGCCAGCUCUGUUGUGCUCAUUCUUGAUUCUCUUGCUUCUUCCUCUCUUUCUUCAAUGGCACCACUCAAAAGACAAACGCCUCCCUCCUGGUUCUAUGGGUUGGCCUUAUAUUGGAGAGACCCUCAAGCUCUACACUCAGAACCCCAAUUCCUUCUUUUCCAGAAGGCAAAAACGGUACGGGAAUAUAUUUAAGACCCACAUAUUGGGAUGCCCGUGUGUGAUGAUUUCAAGCCCAGAAGCAGCAAGAGUUGUUCUAGUGACACGGGCACAUUUGUUCAAGCCAACAUAUCCAACAAGUAAAGAGAAAAUGAUAGGACCUGAAGCUCUCUUCUUUCAACAAGGAACUUACCACUCAAGGCUCAAGAAGUUGGUGCAGGCCUCAUUUCUUCCUUGUGCAAUAAGAGGUUCCGUCUCAGAGAUUGAACAGAUUGUUUUGGCAUUUCUUCCUACCUGGAAAUAUGCCACUAUUAACACUUUGCAGCAAAUGAAGAUGUAUGCUUUUGAUGUGGCAAUGAUUUCUGUCUUUGGAGAAAAACAACACUCGGAAAUGGAAGGAAUCAAACAUCUAUAUCGCUGCCUGGAAAUGGGUUAUAAUUCCAUGCCGUUGGAUCUACCAGGCACUCCCUUCCACAAGGCAAUGAAGGCAAGGAAACAACUGAACGAGGCGUUGAGGAGAGUGAUAGAGAAGAGAAGGCAUAGUGGGAAACAAGGAGGUGGGCUGCUUGGAGUCCUAUUAGAAGCAAAGGAUGAGAAGCUUAAUGACUCUCAAAUUGCUGAUAAUAUAAUUGGUGUUAUUUUCGCUGCUCACGAUACAACUGCUAGUGUGCUAACUUGGAUUCUCAAGUACUUGCAUGAUAAUCAGGAUCUAUUAGAAGCUGUUACGAGUGAACAGGAAGGAAUUAGACAGGAAAUAAUUGAGGCAAAUCGAAGGCUUACGUGGGAUGAUACGAGGCGCAUGCCAUUGACUACCAGGGUGAUUCAAGAAACUCUAAGAACAGCGAGUAUACUAUCAUUUACAUUCAGAGAAGCUGUGGAAGAUGUGGAGUUUGAAGGUUACUUUAUCCCCAAAGGUUGGAAGGUUCUGCCACUAUUUAGAAGUAUUCAUCAUUGUGCAGAUUUCUUCCCUCAACCCCAAAAAUUUGACCCAUCGAGAUUCGAGGUGCCACCAAGGCCUAAUACGUAUAUGCCCUUUGGCAAUGGAGUCCACUCCUGUCCAGGCAGUGAGCUAGCCAAACUUGAGAUGCUCAUUCUUCUUCACCACCUCACUCUCACUUACAGGUGGAAGGCCAUGGAAGACGAGGAUGGUAUACAGUAUGGUCCUUUCCCUGUGCCCAAGGGGGGCUUGCCUAUAAGGGUAACGCCGAGGCCUAGGAACAAAUUGGCACAUUGAGUCCUCCAAACGAUUUGUGUUCAGUGGGGCCAGAAGCAACAUAAUACUUCCCCUACUCGAGCAUCUUUCAUCCAAUUAGUUUGUGCAAAUCCUUUAAGCAACUUCUAUUGGGCAGUGGGACUUGUCUAGUUUUUGCUAGUCGAAACUGGGUUUGGGUCUGUAACAAGUCAAUGUCAAAAGGCAUCAUGCUAGCCCAAAACAUCCAUUUCUUGAUGUAAUAUAUUAUCCGGAGAAAAAAGAAAAAAAAUAAGAAAAAUAAAAAGAUUGAAUUGAUGCUAUGAGAUUAAAA